AUGACUGCCUCUUCAACCCUUCGACACGCCCUAUCAAAUACAACCUUAAUGAUCUCAACUACAGCGUCUGCUCUGAGUUCAACAGCACUGGAUCUUCCUUCAGCAUACUCAAACUAUGUUAUCCACAACUCCUCCUCCGUCUCACAGAUCGAAUCCGCCCUUCGCUCUCUUACCUACCUUCUUCCCGGCUCCCGCCUCCAUGACACCGAGCUAGCCUCCGAGUCCCUCCAUACAUUUGUCCAGCUUCUCUCCAUAUACCAUGACAAUCUUCUUGCCCGCGCAUCGAAGCUCAUGCCGGCAGCGCAAGCCGCUCUGAAGCAGAAGACAUCCCCUCACGCGCGCUACACCAAGUUCUGGGCCAAGCGAUCGGCCCUUUACAGGCAACUAGCAAUCGCCCUCAAGGUUGCGCAAUAUACCGAAUUGCUGUGGGAGAUGGUUGCGCGCCGACGUUUAGGGGGUGAUAAAGCCCGAUGGCGCGUCGUCGUCUUACUGGAAAGUUUCAAGGCCGUGUGUAGGUUACUGCUCAUGCGCCUGACCAAUACAAGACCGCUGGUCAGCCCGCCACUACCGACGCGUGAAGACGUCGCUCCACCCGAGCUUCCUGUACUGAGUGAGGCAGACCCCCCGCUUGACUGGAAUGGAAUGUCGCCAGAUCCUCUCGGUCCUCAAAUAAGCAUUGGUAGUGAGAGCCUAGGGAGCGGUAGAUCCUGGAUGAUGCCGAGAACGAAACUUACGCUGCCAGACCUACCAGAUCCAGAUGCCAUAACAAGCUACCUAGUUACCAAGGUCAUCACACCUGAUGACAUCAAGCCAGCGAAGCAGCUGCUCCAUAAGCUAGGCACACUUCAAGCUCAGCUCGCCGAGAUCCUUUAUAUCCUCCGACCCGUUGUCUACGCGUUGCUGAUGCAGCGAUACGCUGCGCGAUACGGGAAGAAGGGCGGUAAAGCGCAAUGGACACCCUGGCUUGUGGGCAUCAGUAUUGAGUAUCUCAGCCGACAGCUUGCGAAGCGUAGUCUGGAACGCAGGAUCUCUGGAGGCGUGAGUACAGGCUUGACUGCGUUGGAAAGGGAGGAGCUGAAGAAGCGGGGGUGGGGAAUGGGGUGGUGGGCUAUGCGAGGGGCCUUCUACGAGAACGUGACAAAGAGUGUGGUAGAUGGAGUGGUGGGAAGAUUGAAGGGGAAGCCGCUGCUAGAUCUUGUAGGAGGUGUAGUGGAAGAUUAUGGCUAUCUCUGGGAUGAGUAUCACUUCAGUACUUCAACGAUGUAA